CCUGUGUGACCGCUACGCUGUCUACACAUGCCAGGUUCCAGUCUCCAACCUUGCCACUUUCCCCUGGAGCCGCCAAAGCCCAAACGUGCCUGAGACAAGCAAAGCUCACUCGAAUUCUCACUACGUAUCAAGACGUCUUGGAUUUCCAAACAUCGGCGUGCUCGAGCAACAUCCACGAGAGGAAAUUGGCCUAACACCACUUCAGAGGCUUGAAGCAUAUCUCUAGGAUUCAGACACAGCGGUUAAAGCGAGCUACAAGCACAAGGAACGGUGGAACCCUACGUCAUCCAGCUGUUCAUUCUGGUGGUGUAGUCACACGAUCUGUCACGGCGUUAACAACACUACCUCCAGUUCCCAUCACAAAAUCCAUCAAUAUUCACGCCGACUCACGAUCCGGCCUCAACACUCACAAAUACUCACCGUCUUAACUUGAGCUUCACAACUGGAUAUACCACAUCAACGCCAAAAAUGAUCACAUCAGCCACCAGCCCACCCGACCCAAGCACAUCGACAUCAACAUCAACGGCGUCAACAUCGACAACAACAUCACCAUCACCAACAAUCCCCACCCGCCUUCUCCUUCUCUCCGACACCCACAUCCGCUCCCGCUCCAAGAACCCCCUCCCAUUCCCCGUUCCCUCCACUCCCGUCGACAUCGUCAUCCACGCAGGCGACAUCACCGACUCCUCCACCCUCUCCGAAUUCCGUCUCUGUCUCUCUUACCUCCGCCGACUGAACGCCCCCUUGAAGUUGAUCAUAGCCGGUAACCACGACUACACUCUCGACGUUCCUGCUUCCACCCAUAUCCAUACCUCCACCCACUCACAGCGAAAAAGAAGACCAGAUAUCGGCGACCCCGGCGAAGCCAUAUCCCUACUCACCUCCGCCGCCAAAGACGGCAUCUUUUAUCUACAAGAAGGCACCCACCACUUUGAUCUCUCCAACGGCGCCCAAUUGACAGUCUACGCAUCCCCCGCCACCCCCGCCUUCGGCAGCCAAGGCUUCCAGUACACCCAACAAGAAGGCCACGUAUUUGAUAUCCCUCCAGAAGCCGAUAUUGUCAUUAGCCAUGGCCCGCCCAGGGGAAUAUUGGACGUGAGUCGAUUAACGAGGGCCUCAUGCGGGAGCGUGGAACUGUGGGAGGCUGUCAAGAGAACGAGACCAAAGUUGCAUGUGUUUGGACAUAUCCAUGAGGCGUGGGGGGCGGCGGCUGUCAAGUGGAAACCUGACUGCGAGAAUGGGAAUGGGGAGGUGGAAAGUGCCAAAGUGUUGGAAGAUCGGAGAGGGGUAGAAGAGGGGUGGAAGGAUUCAAAAGAGGAGCGGAAGCGGAAGGAGGAAAAAGUGGACAAGAUUGUGAGGGAUGGGUAUUAUCAUUUGAAGUAUGAUCGGGGAGAGGAUGCAGAGCAGACAUCAUUGUUUGUGAACGCGGCAGUCAUGUAUGCUCCGGGGUACGUGCCUUGGUUGGUGGAUGUUGAGCUUCCGAGGAGUGAUGUUGAUGGGAAUGAGAAAAGUACAAUGGCGGAUGAAAGGAAUAGGAAGCCAUUGGAUGUGCGAUCACGAGAGUGUUUGUCGACCAACCUUCAACACUUGGAGCUCUGAUGAGCCUAGUUACGACGAGUAAUCAACGAGGUCCAUAGAGGUAGAUUUGGAUACAUAGAUAUUA